AUGACGAGACUUCUUCUAUCCACAGCCAAUGUCAUGUUGGCCGGCCCCUCCAUUAUUCGCAAACCUGGAAAUAACAGAUCCAACCUCGAACUCGUCAACUCUCUACGUGACAAUAUCGCCGAGGCCCAACGCGACUACGCGAUCGAUCCGCAUGGAAGCAACGGCUUCACGAACGGCGAUGCGCCCAACGGCAAGCACACAGCUGCCGAGCUCUGGACUGAGCAACAGGGUGGUGCGCUGUAUGUCCCUCGCAUUAACUGGAACGCUGCGGGGUUACAAGAGGAACCCAGCCAGUAUGAAAUUACCGUCAAGUUCUUUGUUCUACCCGGGAUGCCUGUCGCUGCUCGGGAGCAACACGUAAAGGAGGCUCUUGACUUGGUCCGGAGAGAACUCGGCAUCAAGACUAUCGAUCUAUUGAUUGUGUCUUUCCCAGGUGUUUCAUUCGAAGGAACAUGUGAGUGGGAGGCAGACAAGACAAAUGCUCAACAGGGCAACCUUGAGGAGGAGCUUGCGACUUGGAAGGUAUUCGAGAGCCUGCACAAGCAAGGCCUCGUGAAGCGUCUUGCCGUGGCUGAGUUCGGCAGUGAGAAACUGCGUGCUUUUAUCAAGCGCACAAGCGUUCGACCUGUUAUUGACCAGAUCAACCUGCGCAACUGCUGCGAUGUCCCACCUCCACUGAAAAAGUUGGCCGAAGACGAAGGCGUUGAACUGCACGUGCACAACGACUGUACCGACAUUCUUCCCCACGGCACUCUACGGGAACUCCUUAGCCACGGCCCGAGAGGCGCCGGCCUGCUCGCCGAUCCCGGAAACAACGGAGCCGGCCUUACGGGAGAGCUCAUCCCUGAAUGGGUUGUGCGAUACACAGCUUUCGUACAGGAUCGAGGCGUCAUAGAGAACAAGGGUUACUUUGCUGGCGCAGAGCUGGUGGGACAAUAG